AUGGAUAAUUGGGUUAACACUGGAUUUGACGCAUUAUCAAAUGUUAAAUUAAGUGAUGCUAGUGAUAUACUAAAUUUAUCAGAUCCUUUACUAUCUAAAAUCAUAACUUCAAAAAAAGCAUUACAAAUAUUAGAACAAAAUUUUAUUCAAGAUGGUACUGAAAAUUCAGAAAAUAAACUGAUUAUACAAUUAUUAAUGGCUGCUUGUGAUGGCGAUUUAGUAACUUUAGAAAAUACAUUAAGAUCUUCAAGCUCAAUUGUAAAUCAAUUAUUCCCAACAAGUGAAAAUGGAGUAUCACCAUUGAUAUAUGCAAUUUGUUUUAAUAAUUUUGAAACAAUAGAAAGUUUACUUGAAAAUCAUAAUGCUGAUCCUGAUGUUUAUGAUACUUUAUUAUAUUAUACUCCAUUAAUGUGGGCAAUUCAUUUUAAUCAAUUACAAGUUAUAAAAUUAUUAUUAAAUCAUCAAGCUGAUCCAUAUUUAUCACCACAAAAUAAUAAUAUAAAUGCAAUUUCAUUAGUUGUACCUGAGAAAACUGAAAUUUAUGAAUUUUUCAAAUCGCAUAACUUGUUAAAAACAGAAACUGAUCAAAAUGAUAUAUUUAAACCAAAAACAUUCACUCCAGAAAAUGAUUUUGAAGAUGAUUUGACUAGAAAAUUAAAAAUGCAGACAUUAUCAAAUACCGUGGAAGAAGAACCAGAAGAGGAUAUUGUAUAUGACGAAGAUAGUGAAGUUAAUUUAUUUCAAGAUUCAGCAUUACGACAAACUCCCGAAUUUGAAUAUGAUAAAUUAUUACCUGAACAAUAUAUCAAAUUUAAUGAUAGUGAUAUUCCUUCAUUAUUAGACUAUGUUUUCAAUUUAAGAUCAAAUACUACUUAUCAACAUAAUACUAAAAUACCUGCAAGUAUGAUUUUCCAAUUAAUUAGAUAUUCUCAUUUAAAAGCAAACUCUAAAGAAUUGACAGAAUUUUUAUUUGAAUCAUUUUCAGCUAGAUUAAGAACUGUUACAAAUACAAAAUCAGGUGCUUUUAACAUGGCCUUACAAGAUAAUAUUUUAGGUGCUGGUGAUAUUGUAUUAUUAAGUUAUUGGUUAUCAUCAUUACAAUUUUUACAUUUUUAUUUUUGCAAGAAUGAAAUUUAUAAAACAUAUCCAAUGUUUCUACAAGAAUUAAUUAAUUUAAGUCAAAGUUUAAUUGCUUCACUAUCAUUUUCAAUUAAUUCAAGAUUAAAUUUAUUAGUUGAUGAUUGUAUUUUAAAUUUUACAAAUUUGGUUGAUGUUUCAAAUGUAUUAUAUGCGAAAGAUUGGAAUUUAUUCAAAAAGAAUAAAUCACAUCCAAAUAAUUAUGAUGAUAUUUUAAAUACUCUAUUCCCACCAUCACAAGAUGAAUUAAUUAAACCAUCACCAAUUAGAUAUUUACAAGUUUUAAGUGCUUUAGAUUAUGUAUUGAAAAUUCAUAAAGUUCAUCAAUUUGUUCAAAUACAGACAUUUUCAUUAGUAUUUUAUUAUUUAAAUUGUAUUAUAUUUAAUCGUAUAAUUAGUCAAUCUAAAUAUUGUUCAAGAUCAAAAGCUUUGCAAAUUAGAUUAAACAUUUCUACUAUUGAAGAUUGGUUAAGAAUUCAUAAUUUUAAAGUAAAUAAGCCAGACACUAUAAGUAUAGACAAGUUGGUCGAUAUUCAAUUACACAAUGUUUUAAAUGUGAAACCUGAAUUAAUUCCAGAUAAUUUAAUUUUUUAUUAUCAAAGCUUAUAUAGUGUUGGGAAAUAUCAUUUAUCAACUACAAUUGAAUUAUUACAAUGGUUACAGUGUAUGACAUCAUUAUCAGAUGAGGAAAGUCUAAUCAAUACUAUAAAUCAAUUUGAUUCACUAAAUUAUUAUCAACUUUUUAAAGUUUCUAAUAAAUUAUACAAGUAUGAAGUCGAUGAACCUAAAUUUAAGAAAAAUUUAAAUAAUUUAAUUAAAAAUUUAAUGAAUCAACAUGGUGAAAACCAAGUUACUAAAAAUUCUCAACAUUAUAUGACUCAAUCAACUUUAUUGACAAAAGAAGUUUAUGUUUAUUUAAAUCCAAAUCAUAUAUUUCCAACCUCAACAAUUAGUUUAACUGAACUUAUCAAUAGUUAUGGAUCAGGAAUUGGUGGUGUGAAAGUACUAAGGGCUAAGAAAUAUCAACCGAGUUUAUCAAUUGCUAUUAUAGAUGAUAUUGAUGAAAUACUAAGUCAUGAUGAUGAUGAUGAAGUUGAACAAGUUAACAAAGAACCACAUGAAGAUGAAGAAAAUGAAGAACCUGAACAUAUUAAAGGUGAUGAAUUAUUCAAACAAGUUCAAAUGCCAAAUUCAUUAUUACAUAAACAUUGGGGUAAUGCCGAGAGUGAAGAUUUUGAAUCAAAUCCUUGGUAA